GGUACAUUAGAAAAAGUUCAUGCGGACAGAUCAGAUUCACUGGUGAGCAGCCUAACGAAAGCAGUCUUCUUUAUUCAGAAUGGUGCGUAACGCCAAGACAACGACUUAAAGCGAUAUAAAGAAAGAAAAGCGAUAAAUAAAAUAAUUAUCCGUAAGGUUGCAGUGAUUUAAAAACAAACGUAUCUGCUGCAUUAGAGAAUCUGUUCUGGUAUAACUGCACCUCUUCUGGAGUAACGACCAGUAAGUGCCUUUAUUUCGGUUUGUCACACAGAAAUAGAGAUUAAGAUGGCUGACUCCAACGGCAGCAAGCCCAUCGUGGUAACCUCCUCGGUUUCCCUCAAAGUCACCGCUCCUUCUUUCUACAACCAACCUAAAAGGUUUGCAUCUGUCGCUCCCCCACGACCCAAAGGACAGAUGGCCCAAUCGCAGCCCCUGCCGUUUGUAAGCACUGGGGUAAUUGGACGAGUUGGAGAGAUGCCUCCGCCCCCUUCAACUUUCAGUGAGGAUUUCCCGCCCCCACCUCCUCCUCCGCUGGAUGAUGCCGAGCUCCCAGCCCCUCCUCCGGAAUGCCAGACCACACCCCCUGCACAUGAUGCCCCUCCUGCAUUCCCAGCCCCACCCCCAGUCGCAGAAGACCUGCCCAUUCCUGCACCUCCUGAGGAGUUCAUCUCCGUACCGUCUACCCACUUCCCCCCUCCUCCCCCUCCACCUCCUCCUCUCCCUGAAACUGGUGCUGGUGUCAGCUCUCAGAGGCUGCUGGAGAAACAGACAAGUUUUGACAGGCAGCUGGGCUCUUUGACUAGUAUGUUAUCAGAGAUGGAGACCAGCGGACCAUUUAACCCGAAGUUACCCAGCCAUGUUUCAUCAGCACCAGCGCCAAAGCCGUCUGCACCUCCACCUACUGCCCCUAAGCCUAUGCUUUCCUUUCUACCACCUCCUGAGCUUCAGGAUCGUCCACCCCCUGCCCCCUGGGCUGAGGAGCUACGUGCCCGUGUGCGACCGGCCAAUCAGAGCACAGCAUCUGUCCCCGCUCCUGCACUGGCCAAAAACCCAACCGUUGCCCCAAAAACCAACUUUACUACCAGUCAGCCGAAUUCAAAUUUUGGUCCUAAAACAGGGAGUCCUGCAGUAUCUGGAGGCGCAAGAGUGUUUAAUAACUCUGUUAAAUCUCCUGCUCAGAGUUCUUUCCCAACACCUCCUGCAGCCCCUCCUGCCGCUCCUCCCGCAGCUGCUCCUUCAAAUUUUGGUCCUAAAACAGGGAGUCCUGCACUUUCUGGAGGCGCAAGAGUGUUUAAUAACUCUGUUAAAUCUCCUGCUCAGAGUUCCUUUCCACCACCUCCUGCAGCCCCUCCUGCUGCUCCUCCCACAGCUCCUCCUGCCCGGGUUUCUCCUCCAGCUCCUGCUUCCGCCCCUCCUGCCCGGUGUACUCCUCCAGCUCCCGCUUCCGCCCCUCCUGCCCGGUUUACUCCUCCAGCUCCUGCUUCCACCCCUCCUGCCCGGGUUUCUCCCCAAGCGAGUGUUCCCACCCCUCAACAUUCUUAUAAUCACUCUGCAUCAUCUCCCAUUGGUAGUCAAGAAAGCGUUGCUCCACCUCCUCCUGCUGCACCUGAGCAUAAGAUGUCACCUGUCGUCUUAUUCAACAGACCUACAGGAAACACUGUUUCACCCAAGGUAUCAGGAUCAGGUUCAGGUCCUGGUGGAGCUCCUCUGACUAUGAGGGAAGUGGAAGAGCUGGAAAAAAUGACCAAAGAGUUCAUUAAAGACAUGGACAAACAUCCACCUGUGAUCACCUCUCCUCCUACAGAGGUGUGUGGCAAAUGUGGUGAGACUUUGUCCAGAUCUCAGCCUGCAGUGAGAGCGAUGGAUAAACUCUUCCAUGCGCAUUGUUUCUGCUGCAUGACCUGUCAGCGUGCCCUGCAGGGUAUGCAGUUCUAUGACCGUGACAGCACACCUCAGUGUGAGGACUGCUACAUGAACUCUUUGUCUGUAUGUUCGCGCUGUGGGGAGCGGAUCACAGAUCGAGUCCUGAAGGCAGUGGGCCAGUGUUUUCAUGCCAACUGCUUUAGAUGCACUACCUGCAGCUGCACACUAGAGGGCGCUCCAUUUAUCACCGACGAUAACAACAACCCAUACUGUGUCAAUGAUUACCAUCGUCGUUUCUCUCCACUUUGUGUAAGCUGCAAUGAUCCGAUUGUUCCUGAUGCUGGGAGUGAAGAGACGAUCAGAGUUGUUGCCUUAGAAAAGAACUUCCACCUGAAGUGCUACCGAUGUGAGGAUUGUACCCGCCCACUUUCCAUAGAGGCAGAUGAGAAUGGCUGUUACCCAUUGGAUGGCAGAAUUCUGUGCAUGAAGUGCCACACCCUACGUGCCAGGCAGGCCAAACAGUGAUUUGGUGGACACACAAACCAAAACCAAAUUCAAACACAUAGUUUGCUUAGAUGUGAUUAUGUAUUUGCCACAUGGCUUUGUGAGUCUUUUUACACUCCUCAUUUUCCAAUUAAUCAUUUUCACACUUUUUUACAGUAUGUUUGUCCAUCAUAAAUUUAACUUGUUUUUGACAAAGAUCUGCUGCUGUUUGCUGAAUGGCCUUUAUUCCAAAUUAAAAACGGUAGUGCCUCUUAUUGGCUGUUUAGCAUACAACACAAUUUAACCCCUUUGCAUGUUGUUUUAAUAUGCAAAGUAGAGAUUUUAGGGUGAAUUUAGUUGUUGUUUUUUUUGGACCAAAUUCUGAAUUUAUACUGUAGUGGCUGACUCCGCGCAGAGGUGAUGUAUUGCACGGCUGUUUUUUAGCCAUGUGACUCUCAGCAUGCCUUUCACAAAUCUCAAAAAAUCCAUAAAUUGUACCACAGCUGACUUCUUAGGAACGACAAAGGCUGUAUAUCCACAGCAAUACAUGCACUUUUUUUCCCAAACCAAUUUUUUAAGUAGUGAAAAGUGCAUGAUGUGAGGAGUCAGGACAUAAAUGUAAAACAUUUGGAGAAGAAGGAGGGGGGGACACAAUUUGUAUUUGUUAUGCAUGAUUCAUUUAGGGAACUGUUUGCCUGUAAAUGAACAAAUAUUUUAAAAAGCACAUUCUUUUGGACCUGAACAAAACGUGAUGAUACGCAUAAGUAUUGCCUUGAUCAUAAACAGUAUCAGUGAGAUGUUUGCUGUUUUGCUGUUUUAAAACAAAACAUUUUGCCAGAGGUAUUAAGUAAAGCACAAUAAAAUAUAGGUUAGACGAUCAUUUCCAAAUAAAUAGCAUGUUAGUCACUAGGUCUGUUGUAAUGACACAUACAGUAGACCUUCUGUAAUAUGUCUAUUUCAAGACAUUGUAGCUACAUCUUACUAAAAAAAGUUGGAUUAGGGAUAAAAUAGUAUUUUUUGCACAAAAGGCUUCAGGUUAUCCUUCAACAAGAGCUCACUGGCUAUAUACAACAGAAAAUAUUCCACGUAGCUGCAGAGAUCCUUUUUAUAAAUGAAUGCAACAGUGUUAUUGGUAGCACAUGUCUCACAUGUUUCGGAACGGCUUUUUUUUCAUAAUGUUUUAAACAUUACACACUAUCAUCUUCUCACAUUCUUUUAGUUCAUGGUUUUCGUCUUAAGUAGCUUUAAAUAGGAGAAGGAUCUCAUUUCUGUCAGACUAAUACUAUUUUGGCUUUCGCUUUUGAUAAUAUGUUGAGAAAUACAGUAUGUAGCGCAUUAUUCAUAGCAUACAAAAGUUCAUAUCAGCUUUCACUGCACAGCUCUAUGUGGGUCUUUUCUGGGAAUUAUCCCUGUCCUGUCAAAAAACAUCUAGUAUUUAAUGCAAUCAUCUGAACAACAAUGGCUGCCAUCAUUAAAAAACAAUUACAUGACUAAAUCGAACACAUUAUGCAUGAUUUGUUAUGUUAUUGCAGUAUUUUUAGGGAUGACUUGUUCUCAAGCUGGUAUUGUCACAAUAGUUCUUAUUUCAGUAAGAUGGUACCAUUUGUGACCACUUCUGAUUUAGCUUUCCAUUAAUGUAUAACCUUUAUAUCAGUGCUGAACAUAUAAAUUCCUCAGUAAUAUGUGAAUGUGUGUAUGUUUACGGUCAAAUGUAUGCCAACAUGUUAUUUUUGCUAUUGUCUGUUUUCCUUCCACAUUUGUGCUGUAUUCUGAACUAAUAAAAAUAAAAUCCUGCCGGACCUAAAGUUUAGGUUAAUAUAUUUUAUUCUGCAGUCGGUUAGGAUAUUUUUAUGUGUGUUGGGACUAGGGUGUCACACUCACAAUAUACUGGUAUCUAUCAUUAAUAACUGUGAAAUAAAAAACAUGAUUAUGGA